UUGUAUCUGGUUCUGGUAUUUCUCCUUCGGUUUGGUUUGCAUCGUUGCUGCGCUUCUGCCUUGUGCUUUCUUUUUCCUCUCAAUUGCGUUUUGUUUUCGUUUCCCUGUCACGCAAAAACCGAAGUUGUUUUAAUCCAGAUUGGGUUUGUCUGUUCUUUUGAGCUGCCGUGUUUGUGCCAGCGAAGGUCUCCGCUGCACCAUGUCGAGAUGGAGACGUUAUCGUGAACUGCGAAAGGAAUUUGAGAACAUUGUCAACGAAAUAGUGAACACUGACACGCAGUAUUUACACCCCUCGAACACGACAGCUUCUCUGGACGUUGUACCCCUUCCUCAAGAUGAACGCGGUGAAUGCUUCACUGCUGACGACGAACACACUACACCACAUUUCAUGGCUGAUGAAACAGCAUCUGAUCUAUCGUGGGAAGAGACAAAUGAUGAAUUGGAAGUUGAGGAAUCACAAGACGAAAAUGAUCUUUAUCGGGAAAAUUCCGGAAACGAUCUCGUGGUACAACUGGCCAGGCUUUCUCUUAAGCACAAUCUAACUCAUUCAUGCAUCAAUGACAUUGCCGCACUCCUUAGAUCCUGCGGCCACGAUGUUCCAAAGGACGCUAGAACAGUUUUAGGGACACAGAGGAAAGCCCCAGUGGAACAGGACGGGACAUUUGUCCACUUUGGAUUGAAGGCUGGGAUAUUGGAGUCUCUGCAAUUGGGCAUGCCACCCAGUGAGAUCAGCCUCCAAGUGAACAUUGAUGGUCUUCCAUUGUACAAGAAUUCGUCAACGUGUUUUUGGCCAAUUCUUUGCAUGGUGACGAACCAUGGGGCGCGGGAGCCAUUUUUGGUGAGUGUGUACUGUGGUGAAGGAAAGCCACCUGAUUUGAACUCAUUCUUAGAACCAUUUCUGGAAGAGGUCAAGGACCUUACCGCACAUGGUAUACCUGUCAAAAGAAGGCAUGUGACCGUAAACCUCACAGCCAUAAUUUGUGAUGCUGUAGCACGAAGCUACCUGAAGCGCAUCAAGGGCCACAGCGGGUACUAUGGCUGCGAAAGGUGCUCACAAAAAGGAGUUCAUCAAGAAAGCAGAAUGGUGUUCUUGGACUUUGAUGCUGCCUUGCACAGUGAUGAAAGUUUCCGUGCACAGACCUGCCAGAGUCACCAUAAGGGACAAUCUCCCUUUGUUGAAUUGGAUAUUGACAUGAUUUCCAUCUUUCCAUUGGACUACAUGCACCUUCUUUGCCUAGGUGUCAUGAGGAGGCUGCUACAUAUUUGGACGGGAGGAAAAUAUGGAAGAGGGAAGUUAACAACUGAACAGCAGCAGACUCUGAGCGAAAGGUUGAACUCUUACCGUAAGGACUUUCCGCCUUCAUUUCAAAGGAAGCCGAGAGGCACUGACGAGUUAGAAAGGUGGAAAGCCACAGAAUUUCGGACAUUUUUAUUGUACACUGGACCAGUUGCCCUGAAACAUUUGUUACCCGACAAGCUGUACAACCGUUUCCUUCUGCUCCACGUAGCUGCACGAAUCCUUGUGUCGCCGAACCUUUACAGGACACACAAUGAGUAUGCAAACAAACUCUUGCGGUUCUUUGUUCGGGAGAUGGGAGAGCUGUAUGGGGUGUCACAGCUUGUGUACAAUGUGCAUUCACUCAUCCACCUUGCACAAGACAGUUUUCGUCAUGGCCCCCUGGACUCAUUUAGUGCAUUUCCUUUUGAGUCCUACCUGGGGAAGCUCAAGCAAUUGCUACGGACUACAAGCAGCCCCUUGCAUCAGCUGAGUCGAAGAAUUUCAGAAAUCAAGCACACUGCAACACCUGUUGCACAGAGAAGUGUAGGAAGCGAUGUCAAGUUUGGUUUCGCGUACAUUCUGAACUCUAACACAGUUGUGCGUGUGAAUGAGGUACGUGCUGCACAUGUUCGGGUCAGCGUUUUCUCAAACGAAAGAGACUUUUUUGUCAACCCACUGCAGUCAUCGUUGCUGGACAUUUUUCGUGUUGAUAAUGUAAACAACCGCAGUGAAAGAACAAUCCAGCUCAGUGCCGUAACCAAAAGCAGACAGUGUGUGCUAUUACAGUACAAGUGCGGAUAUGUCGUUCUACCACUGCUCCACCAGAAGAAAGUCCACUAGGACAUGCUAUAUCACUCACAAGAUCACUCAAACCAUCAAAAGGCCCUUCUCAUGGCCACACUGCAUGACUGCAAGGAGGCAAGCAGAUGCGGCAGACAAAUGACAUCAUACAUUACAAAUAAAACUAUUACAGUUUUUCAAACUCAUGUUUUACAUGAACUUGGAGCAAUUCU